AUGUCUUACGACAAAAGUUUGCUGGAAACAUUUAUCUCGUUUGCCAGAAAUUCAUCCACAGUCGAACGCCCCGUCCUGGAAUGUGGUUUAGAUCAAUGGACAUAUGGCGAUCUAGAUGCAAUUUCUAGCGGCAUCGCUCUGCAGUUAUAUAAACGAUACGGCUCCAAACCGACAGUCGCGGUGGUCAGUGAGAACCACCCUUACAUCCUCGCUGCCCUUUUGGCUACUUGGAAACUAAAUGGGAUCUUUGUGCCGUUGGAUCCCCACGCCCCUCUGCCUAUGAUUAGGCAAAUGCUCUUGAAUGUUGAAGCAACAUGUGUCAUAAUACCGGAGCGUGAAAUCGGCCUCGCUGAUUUGCUGAAAGAAUUGAACAAAGGGGCAGUGAUUAUUGCAAAGGAUAUGACUAUGGUUUCACUCUCCCAACAAUUUUUGGACCAAGAUGCAGUUUUACCCCCCUCAAUAUUCCCUCUCCCUAAAUUGACGUCUAUGGCCAUGUAUAUUCACACGUCUUCAGCGACAUCCGUGGCCAAUCUUAAAUGUGUUCAAUGGACACACAUGAUGCUCUCAAUAGGCACUGGCUCAGUGGCUAUGUGGCUUCAUCGAGCCUGGCCCAACGUUGAUUUCGAUAUGGCAAGAAUUCUCGGAGUUUCGCCUUGGAGUCAUGCGAUGGGAUAUUUAAUCGACAUUGGCGGCGGGACCUUUCACACAGGAGGAUGUCUCAUUAUGGCUUCUCCACCCUCCGAAUAUCCCAGUAGCUUGAUAUAUGAAGAUCGCGUGAGAAGUAUUCUGGGGAAACCUGCAUCCGAGAUGGAUGUCCUGGAUCGGCUUUUGGAGACGGCUCUCCGUUCUAAACCUGAUAUAUUUGCUUGUGUGCCCUGGGUACUAGAAGGUUUCAAAGACAGAUACCAAGAAUUGUUGGCAAGGAAUAUGCAAGGAGAAGCCCUCAGAGUCAAGGAGAUGUUGCAACGAUUCAGGUGUUUAGGAGUUGGAGGAGCAGCACCCAGUCACGAGCUUCUUCUGUGGGCGGGUGAAUUGAACAUAAAAAUUGUAGAUAUGAUGGGCAUGACUGAAAUGGCUCGACCUUUGUUCUUCACGUGGAUCGACCAUCAGAAGGACCCCGAGGAAAAUGCCGGGUAUCCAUCGGAAGAUUGUCUCAUAGACGAUGCAACUAUUGUUUUGCUCGACGAUGAAGGCAACGAAAAUCCAAGCGAGGGCGAGUUUGUUAUAACAAGCAAAGAUUUUACACGCUGCUACCUCAAAUACGAUAAUUCCUGCUUCACCGACUCCGCUGAUGGGCGAAUCACAUUCAGAACAGGAGAUCUGUAUGAAAGAAACCGUUUUGGAAGGUUUGUAUGGAAAGGAAGGAAGGAGGAUUACAUCCAGCUGGUCUCCGGUGAAUCCUUAGACCCUCGACCAAUCGAGAAGGCCCUUCAAACAUGUUCGGCAAUCGCGCAUUGCUGUGUUGUAGGGAACAAUUUUUUGAGAAAAUCUUCCGAUGUUAUAUGUCUCAUCAUCCAACCAUCAUCCACCUUGGUUCAUACCGGGAAAGCGAAAUUGUCAUCGGAGGAUCUGAGUGAGAUUACUCGUACUCUAGCCUCUAUAAAUAGGUCUCUGUUGCCGCCUUUGCGAAUCGCCUGGUCAAGGGUCGGCAUUUUGGACAACGGCGUCGUUAUACCAUACACCAAAAAGGGAACGUUGUUCAGAAAGCGAUUCCAGGAACUAUUCGGGGAAUUCAUAGAAACUCUACUCCGCAAGGAGUCUAAUAACUCUGGCGUUGUUUUCAGUCAAGAUGGUGUAAAGGCUGACAAGGUCGCGCGUAGGUCAGAUACAGCCUCAACUUCCGGGCUCUUAAACAGUAAUUCGAAGAAAAGCGACUCCACUGCAUUUAAAGAGCGGGUAGCUGGCUCGUCAUCCUCAAGGGAAACAGUUUAUGGAGCAGAAUUUAAUGGUAGAUCGAGCAAUUGGAAGGUGAAAGAGGCAAAACAGUCGGUCGCGGACGUAGUUGGGGGUGUUUUGGGCCUUGAUGACAAAACCAUGCAUGCCAACCUGACCACAUCGUUUGCGGAGCUUGGUAUGGACUCAAACAUGGCCGUUCGCAUUGUCAAUAAGAUCAAUGGUCUUUUUGGGCUUCAGUUUCCGCUAAACGCUUGCCAUAACCUCAUCGAUUUGAGCAUGUUAACGGAUGCGACUUUGGUUGAGCUGGGUCUGAAAGAUCCAAUCAAGCAGACAAUCGAAUCAAGAGACUUGCCUCCGCUUCCCAAGUUGGAGGGAGACGAUGUGGUCAUUGUUGGCCAAGCACUUCGUCUCCCAGGAAAUGUCAAUACCCCAAAGUCGUUCUGGGAAGCAUUAGUCAAUAAACGAGACGACAUCAUGACUCCUGUACCUGCUGAACGUUGGGAUCACUCUUCAUUCUACCGCGACCCGGACUCCAACUCACCGCCUGAGAUUUGUGAUAUCAGGUUCAAAAAGGCAGGCUUUAUCGAUUUUACUCAUUAUGACAACAGCUUUUUUGGCAUAUCUGGUCCGGAAGCGUUGCAUAUCAGCCCCACGUCUAGGUUGGCGCUUGAAACAUCGUUCGAAGCCCUUGAGGACGCAAACAUACCAAUCUCUAAAUUGAAGGGGACAAAAACAGGCGUAUUUGUUGGCGCAAUGGUAGACGAAGGAUUCAUCCAACUACUGUUCGAGGAAUAUGGGUUUGACGCCUACAAUCGCUUUUAUGGGACUGGACUUUUCUCAAGUGCCGUAUGUGGAAGGCUUAGCUAUCUCCUCGACAUCCAUGGACCUUCUCUUGCAACUGAUACCGCCUGCAGUACUGGUUUAGUGAUAGUUGAUCAAGCCGUCAAAUAUAUACAAUCAGGGGAUGGUGAUACAGCUAUUGUCACAGCUGUUAAUACACACGCCUGGCCAGGACAGUUUGGGUUUAUGUCCGCUCAGAACAUGUCUUCUCCGAAUUCGCGAUGCGCCACAUUCACCAAUUUGGCUGAUGGAUAUGUCCCAUCCGAAGCUUCUGUUUCCUUGAUUUUGAAAUCUAAAAGUGCUGCCAUAUGUGACCGAGAUAACAUUCUUGCGGUGAUAAAAUCAACAGAGGUUAUGCAUGGCGGUAGGACUCAAGGCUUAACUGCACCAAGCCUCGAUACACAAAUUCGCCUCCAACGCUCUCUUCUUGCUAAAGCGGGGUUGGAUCCUUCACAUAUCCAUCUGCUUGAAACCCAUGGGACUGGGACUAUUCUCGGUGAUUUGGUUGAGAUUCAGGCAAUCAAUGAGGUCUUCCGAGGGUCUCAUAAUGAUAAGCCUCUCAUACUUGGUGCUGCAAAAACCUGUUUCGGUCACACUGAAAUGGCCGCGGGGCUCGUCGGCCUCCUCAAAACUGUAUACAGUUUUCAAAACGCUGUCGCUCCUGGGUUUGUUCAUUUGACCAAGGAUAACAUGAAUCCUUCCAUUGAUUGCAACAUUGUUCCUAUACAUAUACCCAUCGAAACCACGCCUUUGAUUAAAGAUGACGUUGAUGUUCCUUAUCGGGCGCUUGUUCUUUCCAAUGGCUUCUCUGGAACAAUGGCUGGCGUCAUUCUUGAACAGACGACCGACAAUUUUCAGGCUUCGUUUAAUGGAGUCAAUGAUAACUCUGCUGAAGAACACCUGUUAAUACCCUUUGUUGUCAGCGCGAAGACUCCAGCUGCAUUGGAAAAUUAUCUGAAGAAGUACCUGGGCUUCUGUCGAACGGCUUCCGAUUCCAAUUUCAAGGAUAUCUGCUAUACUGCAUGCGUUGGCCGAGAGCAUUAUCGCCACCGCUUUGCCUGCGUUGUUUCAAACCUGACUGACCUUAAGAAUCAGCUCGAGGAACGUAUCCAAUCCCACGAGCACGCACAUCAUGAGAGCAAAUCCGCUACGGGAGGUCGAGUUGCAUUUACCUUUCCCGGUCAAAGUUCACAGUAUCAGGGCAUGGCCAGCCAUCUGGCGAGUUUCUACCCCGAUUUUAGAGAGUUAGUAGAGCGCAACGCUACUCUAGCGGAUGAAAUGUCUGGCUUUCCCAUCAAAUCUUUCCUAUUAGACAAAGAAACCCUGUACAACCUCACAAUCGACGAUAGUCGAAUUGGCCAGAUCUGCAUAUUCGUUUAUCAGUACUCUAUGUCUAUCUGGCUCAAAACACUAGGUGUUGAGGCUUCUGCUGCCCUUGGACACAGCUUAGGAGAGAUUGCAGCAGUUGAUGUAGUCAUUGCUGGUACUUUGACUUACAGACAGGGCCUCGAGUUUGUUGUGAGGCGAGCAGAACUUCUGUUAUCUGACCAUGACAAGCCCGGUGGCAUGGCCAUGAUUGCUGCAUCAGAGGAGGCUAUUACCCAUCUUAUUAAGCAGUCAGGCUUCCAAAAGGAGGUCGUCAUAGCGGUGUAUAAUGAUUCUGAAAGUCAUGUUAUAUCUGGCGAGCUAACGGCGGUCGAAGAAGUACUGUCUAAAGCCAAACUUGCAGGAUUACGCGGUACCAAAUUAAAGGUUACGCAAGGUUUUCAUAGUCCAAUGAUAUCUCGAGCUCUCCCGGAUCUUGAAGACUUGACGGCCAAGAUGCACCCUUAUCAGUCUCGACUGAAUAUCCCGAUCUAUUCUACUGUGUACGGUGAAGUCAUACCUGCCGAUACGUGCCUUAGUCCUUCCUAUUGGGUCGAACACGCUAAGCAACCAGUUCGACUAUCGGAAGCCGCAACAAAUCUCCUUAUGGACAAAGACGUUGACAUCCUCCUCGAUGUUGGACCUCAACCCUUCCUACGGACCACUAUCAAAGCAAUUUCAUCAGGGAAAGUGUCUCUGGCUACAUCCACAAAAACCGGAAAUGAUCAGAUUAGAGCUUAUUUGGAUGCGCUGACUUCUCUAUUUGAAUGUGGUGUAAAUGUGAAUCUCGAGAAAUUACUUUCAAGGGGUCCUUCAUUGGGAAACAAAACGUCCCUUCCUACGUACCCCUUCCAACGGCAGCGUCACUAUCCGAAUAUUGUCCCAUCCCGGAAAAAUGGCCGAAUAACAUCGAAACCUGCUAAUUCUGUCGAUGAUGCUACUGAUAUCGAGGACGCCAUCCAGGAGGCUGGAGCUAUUACAACCAACAUACUGACGCCACAAGCUUCAGGAAAUGACGACCCUGAGGUUAUAUCAAACACAAUUACUCGUAUUGUACGGGAUGUUCUUGAACUUCAGUCAUCUGAAAAUAUAGAGUUGGCAGAGUCACUGUCGUCUUUUGGAAUUGACUCCAUUUUCUUUGCUCAAAUCAAGGGAAGAAUCAUGAUAGACAUGCAUGUCGAGAUUCCUGACACUAUGCUUUCGGAUUCACUCACCAUUCGACAACUUAUACGCUAUGUCGUCGACAAUACAUCGUCUGCAGGAAAUUCUUAA